UAUAAUAACAAUAAUUUUUGAUAGUAAAUUAUUUGUCAAUAUGUUCUGGUUCAUAUUGAAGAGUAUUUUAUUAUUUGCAGUAUUUUAUGAGAUCUCAUGUCAGAACCAGUGCCAGAAAGACCGGUUAAAUGAUGUGAAAUCAGGCAAAACAAAAGUACGUGGGUCCAAUUUGGGCAGUUGGCUAGUCAUGGAGGCCUGGAUGGCAGGCAAUGUCUGGGAUGAUAACGGGUGCGACAGAAACACCCAGCAAGGUAGUUAUUUGCUGGAAAAGUGCCUGGGUAGUCGCGCACCCGCUGUUAUGGAGAAACAUUGGUCAACGUUUAUCACUGAAAAUGACUUUGCUGAAAUGUCCAAACGCGGUAUUAAUGUUGCUCGCUUACCAGUCGGUUGGUGGCAGAUUUAUGACCCACAAGGUGGUGCUAGUAAAGCCAAACUGAACUGGUACAUUGUACCCACAGAUUAUAUAACCGGUGGUUUGCCAUACAUUGACAAUGCCUUCACAUGGGCGGAGAAGUACGGCAUCGGUAUCUUAUUGGACAUGCAUGCGGCACCGGGAUCUCAAAAUGCUUUUGAUAAUUCAUCACCGACUGAAUUCCCCACACAAAAAAAUUGGGACAAAUAUGACGCAAACAUAGGGCAAACAGUGGACUCAAUGGAACUGUAUGCUCAACGAAAGUUGCAGGAUUACUAUAAGCGAACUUAUGCUGCCGUACGUAAACACUUGGCUGACACGGUAAUAGUGAUCAGCCCACUGCUCAAUGGCGAGUCGGGAGGGGAAGACCAUUGGGUGAACUUCAUGAACCCCGAUCAGGGUUUCACCAGGAUAGCCAUGGACUUGCAUUACUACUCGUGUUUUGGCGGUGAACCCGAUCAGGAUCACGCCGAUGGCGCUAUUGGCUAUAUUAACCACGAUAGAAAGAAUCAGAUUGCAGAUUACCAUGCUAAAAAUCCGCACAAGAAAAUGUUGAUUGGUGAAUGGUCAGCGUGCAAUCAUUUUAAUAACCCGGAUCGCAAUGGUGAUUUCGCUUACGCCUUGUUCAACGUGUACGACCAGGCUACAUUAGGUUGGACAUUUUGGUCGUGGACCCCCGGAUCCGGUGAAUUGUGGUCAUUGAAGACUCAUUUCGACAGAGGGUGGGUGCCGUCUAACCUUGUAUACCCAUGUUAG